ACAGCGUGCGGGGAUCCAACCUAAUGGUUUACAUUGGGUCACAACGACCAGUCAAUGAUUUGCGCCGCGUAUAUUUUUUCUUGCGCGGCGUUUAUUUUGCAAACGUUUUCUAUUUUGCACGGGAAGGAACUGACAUAGCAAACUCAGCUGUAUGAUAGGGGAGCAGGAGCUCACAGUAUGGUCCGGGAAACCAGACAUUUAUGGGUGGGAAAUUUACCCGAAAAUGUGCGAGAAGAGAAAAUCAUUGAGCACUUCAAGCGAUAUGGACGUGUGGAAAGUGUCAAGGUCCUGCCCAAGCGGGGGUCAGAAGGCGGAGUCGCCGCCUUUGUGGAUUUUGUGGACAUUAAAAGUGCUCAGAAGGCUCACAAUGCUAUCAACAAGAUGGGGGACAGAGACCUGCGCACUGAUUACAAUGAACCAGGCACGAUUCCUAGUGCCGCGAGGGGGCUGGACGAUAGUCUGUCCUUAGGCUCUCGUAGCCGGGAUGUAUCAGGGUUCACAAGGGCGGCAGGGGGAGCCGUGUAUGGGCCCCCCACGUCGCUCCACAGCAGAGAUGGACGCUAUGAACGCAGACUAGACGGGUAAGUGGACAAAGUUUCUCUGAAGGCAGGGGGAACCAUGGUUCCUGGUUUACACCUUACCUCAAAGCAUCUUCCCACCAUUUAUUCAUUUACUUGUUGAGGGGGGGAGAGAAGUAAGAGAGUGUGAGAAUUAAAUCGUAUAGAGAUCGCAGCUAAAGUCUUCAGAGAGUGAUAAGCGCUCUUGGAAUGACUUACAGGUAGACAGAGAUAUUCCUUAAAUCAGAGCAUUUUGUGUAGGUAUUACUUGAAGGAAUAGUGAAUAGUUACAUUUGUUGGGGAUUACGUAAACAUCUCUUUGAGGUGGAUGUAUCAUAUGCGGAAAAUACGGGGCAAAGAUUGGAUAUCGUAAAAUUUGCCAGGAUUAUUGGAGAUUGCUGGAGAGAGAGAGGGAAAAAGACAAAAAAGAGAGAGUGGUCCAGCGUCCAUCCCUGGGAUUCCCUUAAUCUGGAGAUACGCGCCCUGCUUGGUGGAUUAAUUUCACCCUUUUUUUCCUCCAUGUAACAAAACAACCACAUUAUGUAUAAGACACUAUUGUUUGGAUAAGUCAAAUUUGGUGUUCAAUUAUCGUGCACAUCCCACGGAGGUUUUCACUUCGGUCAUGGGCUGGAGUCAUAUGGAUAACCUACACAGGAUAUUCCUCUCUGUUGGAUUAACACUGCCCUCACACCAUAAGGAUAUGCUAUCAUGCUAAAGGUAUGGGUUGCUUUCAUGGUUCUUUUGUUGUUUUAUUUUGGAUUAUAUCUAAAAUCAGGGCAUUACCAUUUGAAUACUGGGAGACCUCUACUGGUGAUCCAACCCAGUAGAGACAACAGGAACAUGUGAGCAAAUUACUUUUUUUUUCCAGCCUUAUUUUUGUGGAGAUUAUUUUUUACUUUUCAACAACUAACACUCGCAGAUUCAUUGUGGAUCAGCAUGGACUAUGUUUGGAUCGUACAAACUGAAAGAAGAAUGUGGAAAAUUAAGACUGGAAAGUUGCUGCUGGAGAUAACCUACCUCAUGUCUGUGGAUUACCUGCUCCUUUCCUGAAUUUGGAACUAUAAUUUAACCAUGGAUAUAACUGCAAACCAAACAAAAAAAGAACCAUUUGUUUUCGAAUCUGAUUUGCUCUGGACUGCAUGCAGGCUUUUCUGCUUGUAAUAGAGAUCGACAACAGACAUGAACGUCCAUGAGCUUUAAAACAACAAUGUUCUCCAUCCUGGGAAUGAAAACAGUGCUUCUGAAAAAUAAGAAUCUGGAUUACCAUUAAGAGACAUGUUCUUAAUUCUUCAUUGCCAUGGCAAUACAUCCCUCCCUCUGCCAAAGGAAUUUGACUUUACUGCG